CAGUGGCAAGGCCGCCUCGAGCCACACCACGCGUCGCUUUAGGGCAGGCCUUCUCGUGUCUCAUUUCGCCAGACGCGUCUUUGCAACCCCUCACCGGUCACCAUCUCCCUCCCUUCGCAUCAUCAUGGACGUCGACGGCAUACCCUCCUCACCACCCCUUCGCCACUCAUCCUUGCCACCUAGUAGCGCGCCGCCUGGUUCAGAGGCGUCAAAUGGUCGCCUCACGCCGCGAAGAGGAACACCCCAGCGCAACCGCGCGCCGGUCGACGCGCUCAAUCUCGGUGAUGACGAAGCCGAGGACGUGGAUGAUACUCAGCAGCGAGCAGCACGUAGACGGCGAAGACCGAGGAAUCAGAUAGAAGGCGACGUGCCGAUGGUGAAAGACGCGGUUGGUGAAAGUGUGCAGGAGAGUUUCGAGGCGUUCCUUCGAACAUUCACCGAGGAAGUCACACUGGCACCCACCCCUGCGUCAGACGGGGGUAUCCCAGCAGCGCCAGACGGGGAGCUCAUCUACAUUGAACAGAUCCAUACCAUGCGGGAGUACGAGUUGACAACCCUAUACGUGGACUAUGGGCACCUAUUACAAAAGGACGACGUUCUCGCCGACGCAAUGCAGAAGCAGUACUACCGUUUUCUUCCCUACAUCCGCCGCGCUCUGCACAACCUUGUCGCCGAGUUCGAACCGGAGUACCUCAAGCUGAACCCUACGGCCGCAGCCACAGACUCCGUCAACCUGCAAUCACGCGAAUUCAACGUCGCGUUCUAUCAUCUACCCCUAGUCUCAGGUAUCCGAGAUCUCAGGACAGACAAGAUCGGUACACUCAUGAGCAUCAGUGGGACGGUGACACGGACCAGCGAGGUGCGACCUGAACUGCUUUACGGCAGCUUCAUCUGUGAGGUCUGUGGAGGACUGGUCAACGAAAUCGAACAGCAGUUCAAAUACACUGAGCCGAGCCUUUGCCCCAACCCGACAUGCGGGAAUCGGAUAGCGUGGCAACUACAGAUUGACAGCUCAAAGUUCACCGACUGGCAAAAGGUCCGUAUUCAGGAAAAUCCGUCAGAGAUCCCCACUGGGUCGAUGCCACGGUCGCUAGACGUCAUCCUCCGCUCUGAGCUCGUAGAACGUGCCAAGGCAGGAGAUAAAUGCGUCUUCACGGGAACGUUCAUUGUCGUGCCGGACGUAAGCCAGCUUGGGCUGCCCGGUGGUAACAAGGCAGAGCUCAUGCGCGAGGCGGCACGGGCAGGAGCUAACUCAGGCGCCGCUGCUGUCGGUGGCGCAGGGGUAACUGGGCUGAAAAGUCUGGGUGUACGGGACCUGCAGUACAAGACAGCGUUCCUGGCUUGUAUGGCUCACGAUGUUGACGGCCGGGCUGGUACAAACAUACGCGGAGAGGAUCUUUCUGGCGAGGACGAUGCGCAGGCGUUCGCGCGAUCGCUCACCGAGCCGGAGUUCGAGGAGCUCAAGCGCAUGAUCGAGUCGGACCACAUCUAUUCGCGGUUAGUGGAGAGUAUUGCGCCGACGGUAUACGGACACGACAUCGUCAAGAAAGGAUUGCUACUGCAGCUCAUGGGAGGUGUGCACAAGCAGACGGCUGAAGGGAUGCAUCUGCGUGGAGAUAUCAACAUCUGCAUCGUUGGCGAUCCCUCAACCUCCAAGUCGCAGUUCCUCAAGUACAUCUGUUCUUUCCUUCCCCGCGCAGUCUACACCUCCGGAAAGGCCUCGUCUGCUGCAGGUCUUACGGCUGCAGUCGUCAAAGACGAAGAGACCGGGGACUUCACGAUCGAGGCUGGUGCCCUCAUGCUGGCGGACAACGGCAUCUGCGCCAUUGACGAGUUCGACAAGAUGGAUAUCUCCGACCAAGUCGCCAUUCACGAGGCCAUGGAACAGCAGACGAUCUCCAUCGCGAAGGCAGGCAUCCAUGCUACGCUCAACGCACGUACGUCCAUCCUCGCCGCGGCGAACCCUAUCGGAGGGCGUUACGACCGGAAGAAGUCGUUGAGGGCGAAUGUUGCGAUGACAGCGCCCAUCAUGAGUCGGUUUGACUUGUUCUUUGUGGUGCUCGACGAGUGCGACGAGAAGUCCGACCUCAACAUUGCGAAGCACAUCGUGAACGUGCACCGGUUCCGGGACGAUGCGAUUCAUCCUGAGUUCAGCACGGAGGCUCUGCAGCGGUAUAUUCGCUAUGCCAGAACAUUCAAUCCUAAGCUCACACCAGAGGCAGCGGAUGUCCUCGUCGACAAGUACCGCAUUCUCCGUCAAGACGACGCAUCUGGUACUGGCAAGAAUUCCUAUCGUAUUACGGUCCGUCAGCUAGAAAGUAUGAUACGGCUGAGCGAGGCCAUCGCCCGAGCGAACUGUACAGCAGAGAUCACUCCGGCUUUCGUACGGGAGGCCUAUAGCCUGCUGCGGCAGUCGAUCAUUCACGUAGACCAAGAUGACAUUGACUUCGACGAGGAAGAGCUCGAGGGCGAACGCGAAGGCGACCGGCGCCCACGAAACGGGCAGGACGACGAGGAAAGCCAGGACGUCGAGAUGUCGGCAGCGGAAGUGGCCGCCAUGGAAGAGACCGAGCAGAGCUACAACGAAGCCAGCGGUUCCGGUGGUGCCAGCUCGGGCGGUGCCCAUGGUGCGACAUCAUCAGACCCUGCCUCGAGAGCGGCGAGCAUGGCACCUGCUCCGGCUGCACGUCCAAAGAAGAGGAUGGUCAUCACGCACGACAAGUACAUGACCCUACAGAGCCUCAUCGUCCUUCACCUUUCCCAAGCGGAACGGGACACCGGAAAGGGUGUGGACCGCGAUGAACUCAUCGACUGGUAUCUGGAAUUCAAGGAGGCGGAGGUCCAAGACGUCGAGGAGCUCGAAUACGAGAAGGAACUCAUCACCAAGAUGCUGAAGAAACUUGUCAAGGACAACUAUCUCAUCGAGAUCAAAGGCGAUGUCCAAGACUCACUGCCGGAGUCGAUGGAAGAGAGCAGUGCUCAGCCCUCGUUUGACGGCCAAGGCGGUGAUGUCCGUGUCUACUACAUGGUGCACCCAUCUGUGGAUACGGAAGGCUCUUCAUCUGUUCCGUAGACAUCAUGGCUCAGAUACGCUUGACGUUCACUCUGUCAUUGAUUGCUGUUGUGCAUUUUGUCUGGUUGCUUUCGCGUUCAUUCAAUUCUGCUCUGUAUUGUCUGUAGGUAUACAAGCAAUGGUCGAAGAUGUAUAUUGGUUCCCUGUCGACUCCGAGCACUGUUUGUUUCAGUCACAGUCGAGCCCCGAAGCUCUGGCGUAGGUGGUCCCAGGCCUAAUG